AUGGCUCCUCCUCCUCCCAAAAACAUAUCAAAGUCAAAACUUACCAUUGACUUGUCAACUAUACCUUCCAUUUCAAACUCUCCUAGCGGUCCACUUUCUCCAACAUACAGUGGACUAUCCUCUCCCGCAUUAUCUGGUUCGUGGGUUAGUAGCAGGUCUAAUGCAGAGCUUACUGCUGCUUUGAAAGAUGCGUAUACCAAGAUCAAAGAGAAGGACAGAGAUCUCAUGCUGGCCGCCGAAAUCGGUAAAAGCCUUUUGGAUAAUAAUACACUUUUGAAGCAGCAUUGUGAAGCAUUAGUACAGGAAGUAAAGAAACUGCGAAAACAAACGAAGGGCAUAUCGUCCACCAUGAAUACUGCAGAUAAAACCAGCAUAACCAGAAUACCGCCCCCCAAUGGAUCAACCUUCGAAGACGAUCUACUGAACUUUGAUGACAGCGAUGAUGCAGACUCUGUCACCUCCAACUUGAGCGAAGCAUCGGAUCAAAUCUUACUAUCUCACCCUCCCAUGCGAAUGGGAAUGCCACACAAAGAAUACGAAAUCAUAAGGCAGUUGGAACUCAAUAAUACCGAAUUACACGCUAAAUUGGACAAUAUGGUGAACGAAGCACAAGAAACCGACAGGCUUAAUAAAUCCAAGCAACGUAAACUAGAGAGUGAAGUAGAGAAACUCCAAGCCGCAUAUUCACAGGCAACCCAAAAGAUUGAAGAUCUCGAAGCAGAGAAGGCUCACAUGUCGCAACAAUACAAAACAAAGUUCCAAGAACUACGUAAUCGGAAAAAACCCACGGACGAUGAGGAAGACGUACAAUUGCUGUACAAGAAAAUCGACGAGCUCGACGAACAGAACACCAUCCUCGAAAAAUCAAAAGCAGAAACAGACUCACGGUUGAGAAGGGUAUUACAGGAUCUAGACAUUCUUCGUGAACGAUGUGCUCAUCUGGAGGAGAUAUCUAGUGACUUUGAUAAACUUCAAGGCGAUUAUGCCGAAAAACAGAACGAGAUUUCUGGACUCAGGACGAUGCUUGAAACCGAGAGAAUCGUUGGUCUGGGCAUGAAGUCAGCAACGCAUACGAGAACAAAUAGUUUUACUGAUGCAACACUGGGAGGAAGACGAUUAUCCGAUCCGGAUGCCAUGCAUGCUGCGCGAAUUCAGAAGAGUACUCUGUUGGAGGAACUCGAAGAUGAGUGGUUCCGCGAAUUGGCAGAAUUCAAGAGAGAGCGAAAGAGAUCUUCCAAUUCAAUCGAGUCACCGCUGUUCUCACCAAUUGCGUCAGAGGCUGAUUUCCGGGAAUUCUACCUGAGAAACAGAGACCUACUCGACGACGACGAUAAAUCUGCAAUUGAUUAUUUAUCAGAUGAUGAAUUUUCAUACGUUUAUCCGGAUUACGAGGAAGAGCUUGAAGCCUUGAGGUUAAAACGAGAAUGGUUCUGGAGGCGAUGGGCAAGAGCAGUGUUAAAUCUUGUUACGUGGUUUUGGAGAUGGUGUCGAUUCUUGGCGUUAUUGUUUGCUGCUGUAUUGUUAGCAGUGUGGCGUGGUCCUGAUGAACUAUUAUCAUUUGAUAUGUGA